CCCUCCCUCGCAUUCACAAUGCAGGUUUAACUUUGCCCUGAGUUUUACUGCUUCCUGCCAGCUCCUCGGAGAAGUGCAGCAGACUCACUUCUGCAGCGUUUGAUGCACGGCGGUGGAGCAGACGAUGCUCACAUGCAGCCCAGCUCCAAGCACUGAGUGGGAAUGGACUGUGGUGUCCUGCAUGCUGCAUCCCACUGCUGCUCUAUGAUGCUGCUGUGAUGCUUCACCCGGCUGUGGCCGUGGUCAGGUUUGAAGGUAAGGAUCGUGCUUGCUGCUGGUGUGUUUCCACACCUGCUCUGCUUGCUGCUGAUUUGGGGGUGGGAAGAAAUCAUCUUUUGUACUAAAAACGCUACUCUGCAGAUGGAAAAGAGAGAGGGAGAAGUGCUGGGGAGUGCUUGCUGGUGCAGCCUCCUUUUAGGCAUGCUUUACGUGCCUGAAGAGCUUUGUGGAUCCCUUCCAACUCAGGAUAUUCUGUGGUUCACUGCUUUACAGGUGGGAGCACCGUGGGGAGGCAUAGCUGCGUGUUGUCCUAUGCUUUUUACUUGGUUAACAGGGUCUGGAAGCAAAGUACAUCCCUUGGAAGGAUGGCCCAUCCUGUUUUGUCCCAGAAGUUUUAAGAUUACUGCUUUUCUGUGUUAACAAGGCUCCAGGUGACUCAGGAGGAGCAUUUCUUAGCGAGAAAGAAAGAAGUUGCUGGCUUCUCUGUAUAACACAGUGUGCAGAUGUACUUCCAGGGACUCUAUGUGGGGAUGCUUGAAAUGCAGCCAGGAGCAGCAGGACCCUGUUGUCUGCACCCUGAGCCCAGUCCUGAAGUUUCAAGCAUCCACCAUCCCUUCUUUUUGCUGAGUAUUUCUUGCUGGAGAAAUGGCAUAGAUGGCCAGAUGAUGAGCGCCUGAUUUCCAGCUGCUCAGUGUGUCUUUGUGUCAUAACCAAACAAUAAUACGAGUGUUGCUUUGAUGCUUUGUGAGCGUGGACAUGUUUGUCACCUCUGUUUGAGCACUGCUGUGUCCUUCUCCUAGAUGUAUCCUGCAUUAGAAGCAGCUUGCUGUUAGAUUCUCACUAGGAAAGACCUUCUAAGCCAGCCUGUACCAGUAACUAAGGUGGUACUCGAGCAUCAUAGAGAGACUACAAAGACAGAGUUCUACUUGAAGUUUUAGAGCAGUGUGUGCUCACGGAUCAUCACCAGAGCAGCUGCGUCUCUUAACGGUGGGAAGAUGCUGAUGGACAAAAAUGAGUCGUGGCUCUCUAAUUUCUCUUCUACAUCAUCCUUUGUGAAAGGAGCUGGCAGAUGGGCAGGGAUCGGCCUCCAGGAGGUGGCCAUCGGGCUCAUACUCACCCUCAUUGACUUGGUCACACUCCUGGGAAAUACAGUAGUCUUUAUUUGCCCAGUGGUGGAAAAGAGGCUGCGGACUGUCACCUACAUGUUUAUCAUGUCUUUGGCCAUGGCAGACUUCCUUGUAGCUUGCCUUGUCAUGCCGUUCAGCAUAAUUUACGAGGUGACGGGGAUGUGGUUGUUUGGGAAGCUGUUCUGCAAGGUCUGGAUCUCCUUUGAUGUCAUGUUCUGCACCGCUUCCAUUGUCACUCUGUGCUUUAUCAGCUUGGACAGAUACUGCUCUGUGGUGACCCCAUCCCACUAUUCCAGAAGGAUGUCCCGUGGCAGAUGUGUUGUGAUGACCUGCACAGUCUGGGUAUAUUCCUCCCUUAUUUCCUUCCUUCCUGUCAUGAAGGGCUGGAAUGAGAUCCCCGGGGUGGAUUUUGAUGCAGGCAGAGAAUGUAUCUUCGUCACCAACUGGAUUUUUGCCAUCGUAGCAUCUGCUCUUGCGUUUUUCGUCCCCUUCAUGGUCAUGUGCAGUAUGUACUUCUUCAUCUAUCGAGCCUCCCGGCUCAAGGCCACUCGUAUCAUGUCUCAGACCCUGGAGAUCCACUACCACCCUAACAGCAAGCGGCAGAACCACCUGCAGCUGGAGAACAAGGCCACACGGACCAUCAGCAUCAUCAUUUCUGUCUUUGUGCUGUGUUGGCUGCCGUAUUUUGUCCUGAACGUGUGGCUUGCUGCCAGGGGCAGCAACUCCGCAAGCACAGUCCUGGUUGAAACCUUCAAGAUCAUCACUUGGUUAGGGUACUGCAAUUCCACUAUCAACCCCAUGCUCUAUGCUUUCCUCAACAGGGACUUCCAGCGGGCCCUGAGGAAGCUUCUCAUCUGCAGGCACAGGUCUCAGGUAGACACUGGAGAGGACAUGGUUUCCAUAGCCACCUUCACCAAGACUGCUCCAGACUUGGACUAUAGCAUUACAGUGCCAGUGCCCAAUGAUGCCGAGAAGGGCAAGCCCAAGCAAUAGGGUCCAGAACCAGUUGCUGGAGGAGGUGGUACAGAACAUGGAAGAGCAUGUCCUAAUGGAAAAAUAAAUGUCUUGAAAAUAAGGGGAAGAAGGGACUGGAAUGUGACAGUUGGGGGCAUAUGGCUAAAAUGCAAUUAUACCACAGUUCUAUGAACAAGAACCAGUUUGUAAAAGCAAAUGGGCAAUUAUUUUUUAAAAGGAGUACUUCCUAAGACAAAUUCAAUCUUCAUGCUAGAGAAAUAUUUCAGCAUGAUAACAUCAACUUGACUUUCUCUGUAUACAUUGUGGUCAUUUCCUACAGCUUAAGUUGGAACACUCUUUCUGAUCCAGCAACUAUAGCUCUUACUUUGCACUUGACAUUAUAAAUUUAACCAGUUUUAGUAGUGCACCUGUGUCAUUCUGUGAACGGGAGGUGAUGGGAAGGAUGUGGCCAAAGAGCAAAGGCUGGUGUUCAAUAAAGGCAGCACAGGGCUCAGCUGCAUGCUCUCUGCAGUCUGAGCUGCAGGUUACAGGUACCCAACACCAGCAAAGUUACUUUCCCUUUAGUAACAUCCACUGUGAUGUCUGUGCAGCUACCCUAAGAGCUGAGCUAUACAGUACUGAUGGACCACACACUUGUAAAAAAAGUUGAGAUACCUCAUGCCUUGCUUCCUGCUGUCUGCAUCUCCUUUCCCUGCAGCACUGGGCAAGUACAGGACAAGAAAGUAAACCAGUUACA